GUCAGCAGUCUCUGGUCAUUCCCUGCACUGUCCGCAGUCUCUGGUCAUUCCCUGCACUGUCCGCAGUCUCUGGUCAUUCCCUGCACUGUCCGCAGUCUCUGGUCAUUCCCUGCACUGUCCGCAGUCUCUGGUCAUUCCCUGCACUGUCCGCAGUCUCUGUCUCUGGUCAUCCCCUGCACUGUGUCCGCAGUCUCUGGUCAUCUCCUGCACUGUGUCCGCAGUCUCUGGUCAUCUCCUGCACUGUGUCCGCAGUCUCUGGUCAUCUCCUGCACUGUGUCCGCAGUCUCUGGUCAUCUCCUGCACUGUGUCCGCAGUCUCUGGUCAUCUCCUGCACUGUGUCCGCAGUCUCUGGUCAUCUCCUGCACUGUGUCCGCAGUCUCUGGUCAUCUCCUGCACUGUGUCCGCAGUCCCUGGUCAUCCCCUGCACUGUGUCCGCAGUCUCUGGUCAUCCCCUGCACUGUGUCCGCAGUCUCUGGUCAUCCCCUGCACUGUGUCCGCAGUCUCUGGUCAUCUCCUGCACUGUGUCCGCAGUCUCUGGUCAUCCCCUGCACUGUGUCCGCAGUCUCUGGUCAUCCCCUGCACUGUGUCCGCAGUCUCUGGUCAUCCCCU